CUCCUCCUCCUCCUGUUCCUCCUCCUCCUCAGUCCGGACACCGGGAGACAUGUGUUAUUUAUCGCUCAGCUGUGCCACGGGACGAACGGACGCGCGAGCGGCUCUGGAAACUCCGCAGGAUUAAAAACAAAAACAACCGGCUCGAGCGUUUCCCCGGCACCCCGAGGAACGAGCAGCGGCGGCUUUUGUGUCUGAGCGCCGAGGACGAGAGAUGGCGAGUCCGCUUCACACCGGAGAGCAGCCGUCGGUGGCCGGCGGGGCGAGCAGCGACGUGAAGAAGAGCGGGUACCUGAAGAAGCAGAAGCACGGACACAAGCGCUUCUUCGUGCUGAGGGAGCCGAGCGACGGCUGCCCGGCGCGGCUGGAGUACUACGAGAGCGAGAAGAAAUGGAGAAACAAAUCGGCGGCGAAGAGAGUGAUCCCCCUCGACUGCUGCCUCAACGUCAACAAGAGAGCCGACGCCAAACACAAAUUCCUCAUCGCUCUUUACACCAAGGACGAGUAUUUCGCGGUGGCGGCGGAGAGCGAGCCGGAGCAGGAGAGCUGGUACCGGCUGCUCGCGGAUUUAAUGGCCGAGGGGAAAGUCAACGACGGCUCCACGUCCAACUCGGCGUCCUCGCUGGUUGGCUUCGACGAGGAGAGCUACGGUGUGAUCACGCCGGUCGCCGCCGCCUACAGCGAGGUAUGGCAAGUGGUUCUGAAAUCCAAGGGCCUGGGGCAGAGCAGGAAUCUGACCGGGGUGUACAGGCUGUGUCUCUCCAGCCGGACCAUCGGCUUCGUCAAGCUGAACUCGGAGGUCGCCUCCGUCGUCUUGCAGCUGAUGAACAUCCGGCGGUGCGGCCACUCGGACAGCUUCUUCUUCAUCGAGGUGGGACGCUCGGCAGCCACGGGUCCCGGGGAGCUGUGGAUGCAGGCUGACGACUCCGUGGUGGCGCAAAACAUCCACGAAACCAUCCUAGAGGCGAUGAAAGCCAUGAAGGAGCUGUCGGAGUUCCGCCCGCGCAGCAAGAGCCAGUCGUCCGGUACGAACCCGAUCUCCGUGCCCACAAGGAGGCACCUGAACAAUCUCCCCCCCAGUCAGACCGGGCUCACCCGGCGGUCGCGCACUGACAGCAUGGCCGCCACCUCCCCCAUGAGCAAGUUUUCCUCCUGUCGAAUACGCACGGCCAGCGAGGGAGACGGCACCAUGACACGCCCCAUGUCAGUAACCGGGAGUCCGCUUAGCCCGGGGAUCCACAGGACCCUCCUGAGCAGAUCCCACACCAUUACAACCCACCCGUGUAGGACAUUUGAAUCUUCUUCCCUGCAGCACAGUAAGUCCAUGUCUAUGCCCCUGUCCCAUUCCCCCCCUAUGGGUGCCCCUAGCCUAGUGAGCCUGUCCUCCUGCCAAGACACCAGUGCUCCUCGCCCCUCCAGUUGCAGUGCCUCCUUCUCUGGCUCACCCAGUGAUGCUGGUUUCAUAUCAUGUGAGGAGUAUGGCUCCAGCCCUGCAGAUGUACGGGACCUUAAGCUGUCGCUCACCCUUCGUAGCAACACUCCCGAGUCUCUCAGAGCAGAGACCCCCCCCUCCCGGGAUGGCAGUGAGCUUGGUGGCUACAUGGUGAUGGAGCGGCAACAUCUGAAUGGUUACCGUCGGUUACCAGAGCAGGACAAGGCUUAUAGGAAGCGCACAUACUCCCUCACCACCCCCCGCCGACAGAGGGCCCCUCCACAGGUAUCUUCAACCUCCCUGGAUGAGUAUACUCUCAUGAGGGCCACAUACACCAGCGGUAACCAGUCUUCCCGCAGGUGUCACACUGCCUCCCCUAAAGGGACCUUUCCCGAGGAUUACAGGGAUGUCCAGAUCGGAUCGAACGGUGUUGAAGCUGACAGUGGGUAUAUGCCAAUGACUCCAGGUGUGGCACCCCAGACACCAAGGUCCAAGAAUGAUCCCUACAUGCCAAUGAGCCCCAUGUGUGUUUCUGCUCCAAAGCAGAUCAUCAACCCCCGUUCACACUCCUCCUCAGCAGGGCUGGCCCCGCACACAGACUCCCCCGGGAGUGUUUCUCUGGAGGACAGUGGUUAUAUGCGCAUGUGGUGCGGAACCAAGAUGUCAAUGGAGAGUUCUGACGGAAAGCUCACAAAUGGAGAGUACUUGAAUAUGUCUCCUGUUGACCCUCUUGUGUCUUUUACAACCCCGGACUACAUCCUUAGUCCAUCAGGAGGAGAUCCCAACCCCCAACAACUUCACAGACAGCCUUAUUUUUACAGCUCUCUACCACGCUCACUUAAAGCUCCGUUGCAGCGCAAUGGGUCCACAGACACAGACCAGUAUGUGGUGAUGAGCUUACAGAGACAGCGGAUAGAAGAGGAGUCCAACUAUUGUCCUAUCUCACCAGGAGACCGUGUGGCCAACAGCUGUCCAGGGACACCAGGCACGGUGUCCUCUGUUGUCUCCCCUCUCAGACUGGCUCGUGUAGAUGGAGGCAUGCAACACCGGAGCAGGGCGUGUCGACCUACCCGCCUGGCUCUGGAAUCCCUCAGAACAUUACCAUGUAUGAGUGAACACCCCCUUCCCUCAGAGCCUCGCAGCCCUGGAGAAUACAUCAACAUAGACUUUAAUAGUGCAACCCAUAACCCUCAGGCAUCCACUGUGUCAGAGAGCUCCGAGUCCUCAGUGGGUUUAAUGUCAGGAAAGAGGGAAGCCUUACCACUAUCAGACUAUACCAAUGUUGAGGUCACUUCCCCAGGUCACCUUGGCUCACACAAAGUUACGGGUUCCCCCCCACCAGGAUGCCUAAACCACACGCCUGAAGCCUUGACUUGUCCUCUGGUGAACAAACAGCAGGGCAUGCAGGGGGGUGAGGAGGAAGAAAAGGAAAAAGGCAUAGGGGGACAGGCAGAGGAGAGGGGGAUGGUAGAGGAAUAUCCUCUCCAACAGCAGGUGAGUCUGGUGUGUCAGCCUCCAUCAGUCAAGGAUGACUACACUGAGAUGACAUUCAGUCCUCCUGCCCCUCUCCCUGCUCUUUGCAGCACUGAUGCUGCUCCCCUCCCCACCAGCCCUACUUCCUGUGUCCAGAGACUUAACCUUGGGAGCAGCAUUGUGGACGGGGUGCCCCAUGUCCCAGAGGACUCAUUUCUCAUAGGAGGUCCUUCAUUAUCUGUCCCACUUGUGGAUCCACACAGGGGGGCCAAAGUGAUCAGGGCUGACCCUCAGGGUCGCCGGCGACACAGUUCAGAGACCUUUUCCUCCACCACCACUGUCACACCUGUGUGCCCAUCCUUUGCGCACGACACCAAACGUCACAGCUCAGCCUCUGUGGAGAAUGUAUCUCGGACUGUUCAAAGCUCUGAGGCACCUGAUGAGGACUGUGGCAACAACAGCCCCAUGUGCAGAGAGAUGUCAGCUGGUUAUCAAAAUGGACUUAACUACAUUGCCUUAAACUUGAUGGAGGGAAAUUUUGGAGGAUGCCGGUUAGGGGGCUGUGAUGGACUCCUGAGCUUCAAGACCGCCUGUGGCUGCAAGGGAGGCAUGACCUGCUUCAACACCAGCCCCUACGCAAGCAUGGGAUUCAAGGAGACUGCUACUGCUGUGAAAGAAUGAAGGUCGAUGGAUCCCCCUCCCCCCGCCUCCCUCCCUGUCCUGUGAAUGUCGGAUUUGGCUGCAGCCGGGUGACGAGGUCACCACAGCGACAGUUGGACCAUGCGCUGCAGCAGAUGAACUUUGACCUCUUCGCUGCCUUCAAGGUUCACAGGGACUGCCAUCACCAUGGAAACAUGGACACUUGACCCUUGCCCCAAAUCUUCCCUCCGCUUCUCUUGGCACCAAAACAUUCAGGCGCCAUCGCUGCUGUAGUACUAGAUUACUUUUAAAGAGAAAAUGACAAGAGCUUAAAUGGACUACUAACUCUAACCAUAGAUAGGUAACUAUUUAUCUAUUUAUCUCUGUACGUAGGCCUGCAAGAUGAUUCUGCAGUCAAAUGUUUGUUAUUUGUUGUUUUUACCAUUCUCACACUUUCAACUGGCUUCCCUUGGCUUCAGCCAAUCGUCGCCAGAAAAUCUCACCUGAAAACCUGUGAACCAAACCUGGAGAGCACGUGGGCACACACACAAGGAACCUUACAUGCAUACAGAGCACAUGUAUUUAUCUAUUUAUCUAUCAUGUCUGUAUGCUGUAAAUGAAAUGAGUGUGUCAAUUUUUAUACAGAUUGUACUGCAAAAGAGGUGGCAUUUAUGAACAUAUUUAAAAUCAGAGUUAACAUUUGCUUAAAAUAACUAAAAAACCCUACCUCAGCCAAAACCAGGUUGGUACCAAUUCUCACAGUAGAAAUAUAUAUAAAAUAUUUAUUUUUUGGAGGUGAAUGUUUUUUAGAAAUCACCAAUCCUAAGCCUUACUCUAACCAUCAGCCCUUGUAUGAUGGACCUUUUUUUUUAGUUUGGACCUAUAAAACACGCAGUAUAUCAAAGAUUUACUUCUUAGAGACUGAAUGUGCAUCAGAGCAGAGUGAGAGAGAGAGGGCCUCUCCGAGAGCUCCUUCUCUCCCCACACACAUCUAUGACAACAUAAUGUAUACAAAAAAUCCAUAGUAAUAUAUUUAUCAAUAUGCCUGAGAUGGAGGAUUUAUACACACUAAAAGAUUACUUACAGUGGAACUCUUGACACUGCAUUGCAUCACAUGUGUAUGCAGGUGUCCGAACGAUGCUGCACCAACCAGGUCCGCCUGGUCCUGAGCACCGGAUCUGUGGCCUGUCUGAGCCCGAUGCCCUGUCCACACAAAUACGGAUAUUUUGCAAAACAAACUUUUUCCCUCUACGUUUGGGCCACUCGCCAACACGCAAUGACGUUAAGUCAAUAAAACAAACAUUUUUUACAAACGUCUUCCAAAGUGCAUGUUUGUGUGUAUUGGUGUGUGCAUGUUAAACGUUUGAUGACAUCACAGCUUACCUGGCGCACACCCAUUUUGUUUUGUUUAGUGAGCAUGCACCAGAAACGGCAGCAAUGCAGCAAAAUUUAGCAUCACCGCACCGGCAUUCACAGGGUUUCUCUUACGAGACGGAUCGUGAAUGUAGACUUUAUCGCCACCUAUUGGCCCGGCAUGCUUGUGUGAGCAUUUGAACAUUUUGCGUUCAAGUCUGGGCGGUCGUCCGGAUGGAGAUUUGCUUUCUUCUUGUCUUUAAAUGGAGGGAAAAAUGUCUGUUAAAAAAAAAUAUCUGCAGUCGUGUAGACGAGGGCCAAGUCUCAGCAUCUUUAUAGACUUUACCAACUCACUGUUCACUUGUGAUAUCCUGCACAGCCUGCAGGAAGUAUAUGACCUGUCAAGACAAGGGAUGGGCACACGAAUGUUUGAAGUUAUUUGUACGGAGCAACUGGACAGCCCAGUAUUGUACAUUUUCUCACCUGAUGCCUCGCUGUGGGCGUCUUGUCACACCACACCAGACAACACUGAGCAAUGUGGCGGACGCCGGACGCAGUCGGUCCAACGAGCCGCUCAAAAGCUCCAAUUCACGGCCUCCACUGCAUGGUCUUGCACUUACAAACUUUCAAGAUUGUAACACAAGACAAGUUGAAUGUAGUACACGCUGUGUUCCAGGCUCGGGAACACACGACCCAAACAAAACACCACAGCAUCUGCGACAACAGUAGUGGAACAUGCAGAGGUAGAGAAUGGAGACUGUACCACAGACACAAGCCGAAUGAAAAGAGACAAACCAGGGGAAGUAUCUUAUUAUUUAUCUGAAUUCACUGGUACCUAACCUUUUCUUCUAUACUGUAAAUAAGGCAAUGUUACAGAGAAUUACAUCCAAGCAAACUCUGCAAGACUUUGAGAGAUGUUAAGUUAAAUAACUUAUGUUGUUUGUACUGUAUAUAGUAUGUUUUUGAGUGAAAUUUCUGAUACAACAAAAGCACUAAUUAAGUUAUAUGCUAAAUAGUAUGGUUUGGCUUUGAUUUUCUCUUUUUUUAAACUGUCAUGGGAUAAUCUUGUGAAAUGGAUGCCACUAUGAGGACAUUUUCUAAUGCUGUAAUUCUGAAAACAAAAAGAUUUUAAGAGAAAUCAUUAAUACUUGACAUAAUUAAUUCUCACUACCACGGUACAACACAAAUGGCAUAUAUGCAAUAUUUACACUUUUAAAAAUUAGUUUACAAAGAUGUACCAAAUGUAUAAAUACUGUUAAUAAUGUUUGUUAAAACCUUAAAUCUGACUUUUGCUGUUUGUACAUAUUUUUUUCUUCAAAUUUGAAAUGGAAACUUUGUUUGUUUUUUGAGCAGUGUUUUUUGCAUUUGGAUAAUAUUUCAAGUUUUUAUUCAGCAUCUAAAAGUUACAAUAUGGGCCCCGGCUUAUCCUGCUGUGUCUUUCAUUGUAAAUAUUUCAUGUCUUGCAUAUUGUGACGCUUCUAAGAGAUGAUAAUUUAAACAGUUCAUUGCUUUAGAUUGUAUUGAUUCUUUAGAGACACAUGCAAUAAAUAAUGCUGUUAUUUAAGAGA